AUGAAGCCUCAUAUCCUCGCACUCGCCUUCCUCGCCUCCAGCCUCGCAGUGCCCCCGCCGCCCACCGACGCGGUUGCCCACGUGUCCCCCACCGACUCCGAACUCGCUUCUUCUUCUGUCCUCACCGACGCCGCGCUCAGCAAGUGCAAGCGCGCUCUCUUCCCCCGCGACGCGGCCGACGACACCGACGGCGAGCCAGCCGUCUGCGCCUACCCCUCCGAGUUCAACUUCACCUGGGACCGCGGGUGCGCGUGGUGCCGCACGUGCGUGUGGUGGUGCGCCAAGUUCGAGGCGGGGUACGCGUACACCGAGAAGGGCCAACCAACGCCCCCAAUGAAGCUCGCCAUCCUCGCGCCGCUCCUCCUCGCCGUCUCGGCCCUAGGCGCACCGGCAACCACGCCCAACGAUAUGACUGAGCGCGACGCGACGCACGAGCUCACCGACCGGGCGUGCCUCUGGCCCAGUAAGUGCGCUAUCAACUGGUCGGUCCGCUUCCCUAUCAACCUCGGAGGCUGUGAGAAGUACUGCGCGCGCUAUGGCCGCCGGUUCCAGCUCAUGAGCUCGGCUGGCUGCCCGUGGCUCCAGAAGCGCUGCUGCUGCAAGUAG